AUGGAAAGAGUUAGCGAAAGGGUGUCGGAAGUCCGCGACUGCGCAGAAGUCCGCGACAACCCGCCAACGGCAAGAUUGCAUCCGUGGGAUUGGCCACAGGAACCGUGGCAAAGAAUUCAUACCGAUUUCAUAGGACCUUAUAAAGGACAUAACUUCCUCCUACUAGUGGACGCAAGAACGAAAUGGCCGGAGAUUUUUCACAUGCAAACGACGACAGCGGAAAAGACAAUAAGUGCAUUCAGGCAGGUGUUCGCGAGAUACGGGCUACCACAACAAAUAAUAAGUGACAACGGACCACAGUUCACCAGCGACGCGUUUAAAACAUUUUUACGGAAGCUGGGGAUAACGCAUAUCCGAUCGGCCGUAAAGCACCCGGCAUCAAACGGGGCAGCCGAAAACUUAGUAAAAACGUUCAAGAGAAGAUUAAAAAUUAUGCUAAAAAAUGGUAGAACAGCCCAAGUGUUGUAUUCCACUCAAUAUGUUUAUUAUUAA